AUGAUUGGUAACCACAGUGUCAAGAGAGACUCCUGGGAGUCACUAUCUUCUGCCUUUUCCCACCUCGAGGUGUCCAUCUCUCAGGACAGCUGCUAUGGGUCCGAUGACAUCUCCGUCCUAUCCGCCAUACCCCCUACCUCUGUGACAUCUGGCGAGAUUCCUUCGCUCGACUACCGUCCCGGACCCCCGCUGCGCACUGCGCUCAAAUCCAUCUUGAAAAAGCCCUGUACGACGGUCGACGAUGAUUCCGACUUUGAAUCAGGCUAUGGAUCAGAACUAUCUGACAGUGAAGAUGAUAUGGAGAUUGUAAAUGAAGAUGACAUCACUGAUGAAGAAGAUGAUGAAGAAGAUGAAGAUGAAGAAGAAGAUGACGAUGAUGACGAUGGCGAUCACGAUUCCUAUCAUGACUCGGUCUGGGACGAUGAUGCCCCCGAAUUGACAGAAGCUGGGCGAGGAAGUGAUCUGUUCGAUGAUUCGUUUAUCUGUUUUGAAUCGAUGGUUCGUUUUAACACGACCAUCGAAUACAUCGAUGCCGUCGACCCUCCCGACGAGGAUGGAGGGUCUGAUUCUCAGAUCACCCUCCACGAGAUGAUGGAGCUGGCGCAGACCUUGAAUGGCUCGCCCGGCCCGCUCGACGAGUUUGCGGUAUCGCAUUUCGCCGCUGAUGGCGCGCACGCGGGCCACGAGGCCGCCUACCAGGCCAUGCUCGACAGUCUCUCCGACCACGCGCGUGACGAGAUCGAUCUCGACCGGCGGCUCUUUGCCGCCUACGUGAACGGCAUCAACGGCAUUGCUGAUUACGGCCAGCGGGCGCAUCUGCACGCGCACGUCGCCGACCUACAGCGGGGUCGGGUCAAGUCUCCCUUCCUGGAGACCGACACGACGGUCGGGAUCUACCUCGACCAGGUGCUGAACCAUGUCAUCGGGACGUUUCGGCACCUGGUGACGAGGCAGGAAUUUGACGAGCUCCUGCAGCUGACUGGCGGCUGCCAAGCGCAAGCGCAAGCGCAAGGUCAGGCUCCGGCCUCGGACUGGAAGGAGGGCAGCGCGGGGCUCGCCCCCAAGAGAUCGCUGCUUGGCAAGAUUGAGCAGCUUCUUAGAGAACGGCUAGCGGGUGGGCUUGUGGAGGUGGGCGGGGACGAGAUGGGAUUCUUUGCAGGGGGGGUUGCCUACGCGCUGGAAGACCGCCAUUACACAUGGAGCGAAUAA